AAACACGAACUUCUUCACAUUUCUCCUUUCAAAUUCAAAAACUUCGAAUUCCGUUUUCUCACUCUGAAACUCUUCACUCUUCAUCAAAAUCAAUUUUUUAGGGUUUGUAACUGAAGUUCGAUUUGGAUUUCCCUGCAUCCACCCAAAACCCCGUCGGAAUCUGCUUAAGAUCCUGGUCUCCGCGGCUAUGGCGGAAUCCGAUUCGGCUCCUUCCCCUCCGGUCGCUGCCGCUCCGCUCUCAUCAUCUAAGGAGGAGAAUGUCACUCCGGUUAGCGCCAAGAUCGCGGAAUUGAAUGAAUCGAGGUCGGAGCUUCUUACGCGAAUCCAGAGCCUUAAGCAGGAUCUGCAGAGUUGGAGGUCGAAGCUGGAUACCCAAGUUAAGAUCUACCGUGAUGAACUAUCAGAACUCAAGAAAUCACUGAAUGUGGAGGUGGAGCAACUCAGAUCUGAAUUUCAAGAGCUGAGGACAACCCUUCAACAGCAACAAGAGGAUGUCACUGCUAACCUGCGAAACUUGGGGUUGCAGGAUGUUUCUGGCGAUGCUAAGGAGGUCCCCAACACUAUGGCCAAAGUAAAAGAAGAGCCAGUGACUCCAAGACACGAAUCUCCUGUUAAGGAAGAGAAUAAACCUUCCGAUAGCUGAACUGUUACACAAGAAAAUAAGAGUUCUGUAAUGUGGAAUUACUCAGUGUUGUGUAAUAUGAACUUCAACAGUCGCUGGCAAAUUCGAAUCAGAUUUCCAACAGAUGUAAUUGUUGCCUCUGUUAUGAGCUUUAUCUCGAGCGUUGGGAUUUAUAUUGGCAUUCAGGAACCAUCUUGAUGCAUCUCAAUUGAUAUGUAAUUGAGAUGUAAUCGUUGCCUAUUAAAUGAGCAAAGCUUUAUCUGGGCAAAA